AUGGCAGAACACCACGGCGAAAGAGCAGAGCGAUCCCCCGUGGCUCGGGGCCGCUUGGCGGGACGUGAAGGAAAUCGCGCGGGGGUCUAUGUGAACUGUGGCCUGGACGACGUUUCACUCCGGCCCCUCGUAGACACCGGCUCUACAGUUUCGCUGUUGCGCUGGGGAUUUUUGGGACAAGGCGAGCGCGGUUGUACACUGCCGGACCCAGCCUUAAACAUUCGCACCGUGUUGGGGAGCUAUCUGGAGAUACGGGCCUGCCGCACAGAGUUAGACCCUGACGGCAUUCUCUUAUGUGCAGAGAGGGAAUGGUAUCAGUGGUAUACAGGUGACUGUCGUGUCACACAGACCAACAGCACACACACUGUGUGUUCUUGUAAUCAGCUGAAAACCCUGGCUUUAUUCAUGCUGACUAUUCCAUGCAAGAAUAAUAUAACAGCACUCUGUGCAAAGAACUUCCUGGAUCUAAUUGUGCACAACAUAAAUCAAGAUUUACCAGAGGAGCUUGUGAAACGUUAUUUAAACAUAACGCUUAAUCUCAUGAAUGAUGUGAAAAAAAAUGUUUCGGAUGGAAAUGAUCUCAUGUCUUUUGGAGAUAAAGUUUUGAAUGUUACUAGACAACUGGUGUCUACCCUGAUGGGGAAAGGCGAUACCAAUUUUACUCUUCAAGAUUUAGAGGUUCAAGUGGCUGUGGGUCGAUCUAAUAUCAUGAUGUUCACAGACAGUGCCUCUCUGGAUAUCAAUUUCAGUGGGAUUUCAGGGAAUAACUUAGGAUAA